AUGCAUCUCCCCAUCAUCGCCCUCCUCGUCCUCCUCGUUCCGCCGGCGUUAUCAAUCCCGGCGACGAACGCCCGCGUAUCCUCGAGCUCGUCGCCUCCGCCAACCGCGCCUCAGAAAGACCGCAUCGCCGCCGUCUUGCUCGACGGCAUCGAGCUUCUCCGCACCUCCACCCCUCUUCCCGUCUCUCCCGGGACUUUCUGGAGCGUGCAUAAGGACGUCACAAGGUACGCAGCUGCGCUCCGUAAGCUCGCCGACGAGGGCGGGGUGAUCACGAUGAUGCUACAGAACUCCAAUGAGACUCUCACUGGGGUUUACUCCGUCAAUGUUACUUUGCAUUUUUACCGGGGUUCGCUUGGCCGAGGGUAUACGGCGUUUCCGAGUGUUAAAGGGCUGUAUCGGGAUCCGGCUGAUUUGAUCAUUCCGAUAUCUCGGCCGAAUGGAUAUUGUUGCGCUGAGGGAUUCUGGUUUCGGGUUGACAACGGGUCGCAUAUCCCGGCGGCGUCAGUCGCUGUGCCGAGGAACGCUUACCGUGCUGAUCUUUCUAAGCUGCAACACGAACUACUGAAAAUUGUUGCCAAUAAUUCCGAUGUAUUUACACCUAAAAUUACAAAGUCACGCUUCACCAUGAAUUUCCUUACUAAUCCCCCCAACAGGUACACAAACCCCCUCCGCGCAGAGUACGAAGCCGGCGGCCACGCCAACGGCGGAUUCCGCCAAGUAUACGCAACCAUCGACGGCCAAUUCGUCGGAGGCCACAUCCCAUUCCCGGUGAUCUACCCGGGCUCCAUCAACCCCUUCUUCUGGUCCCCUGUAUCCGCCAUCGGCGCGUUCGACAUGCCCUCCUACGACCUUGACAUAACCCCGUUCCUCGGCGCAAUGCUCGACGGACAGCCCCACGAGAUCGGCAUCGGAGUGAAAGACGCACAGAAGUUUUGGCUGGUGACGGCCAACUUGCAUGUUUGGGUCGACGUUUGGUCGGACGCAACGGAGGGGGGCUUGGUGAGCUACAGUGAGGUCGAUGGGGAGGGGCUGGUGAAGUUCGUCGGGUGGGUGAAG